AUGGACCUCGUUCAGAAAUUCGGCCACCUCAAACGCGACCGUCGCAAGAGUUCUGCGCAGCGGGAACUCGCGGAGGCAGAGCGUCACAACGACCAACAAAGAAUCAACGAGUUGCUAGGCAGUUUUGGGGGUCCAGCAAACGAUCAUCCUGACCGGAGAUCCAGCGGUGCGGGCAACAUGGCAAGUAUGAUCCAAGAGUUCAACGCCAGACGGAAAUCAGAGUCGUUGAACGAGCCCGGAGAGCAAAGUGUAGAGCGAGUGGCCGAGUGA